UGGGCGCGGUCGGGCGACUGCCGAGGUGGCGGCUGACGCGGUGUGUGUCCGUGUGCCGCAGGCGAAGCAGCGACGCCGGCGUGCGGAGCGGGGCCCGGCCGAUCGCCGCGUCCGGUGCUGAGAGCAGGAGGCCCCGGCCCGGAGCGGCUCUGUGAACCCGCGAUGCGGCCGCAGUCGGCUGCGCAGCACUGCCCAUGACCGGCGCCGGCCAUGUUCUCCUACUACAGCUACGAGCGCCACUGGGCCGACGGCUUGCUGGCCGCCUUCUGCGUGCCCGUGCUGGUGCUGUGGGCCGGCUACUGGGGCGUCCACCUCAUCGGGCUAGUCUACGCACGGUACAAGUUUCAUCGGAAGGACCACCUGGCCCCACGCGAGGAGCCGUGGCCGGGGGUGACCAUCCUGAAGCCGCUGAUCGGACUCGACUCGCACCUAGCUUCCAACCUCGAGUCUUUCUUCACCAUGAACUACCCGACGUAUGAGAUAAUGUUCUGCAUACAAAAUGUCAACGAUCCUGUCAUACCACUAGUCAACGAGUUAGUCGCCAAAUAUCCCAACAUAGAAACCAAAGUGUUUAUAGGAGGCAAGAAGGUGGGCACCAACCCGAAAAUCAAUAACCUGCAGCCGGGUUACGAGGCGGCCCAGUACGAUCUCAUCGUGGUGUCCGACAGCUGUAUCCGCAUGAAGGAGGACACGCUCAUGGACAUGGUGCACAACAUGACGGCGCGUGUGGGCCUGGUGCAUCAGAUGCCGUUCACCUGCGACCGCACCGGCUUCGUGUCGGUCCUGGAGAAGGUGUACUUCGGCACGUGCCACGCGCGCAUCUACAUGUCCGCCGGCUUUCUGGGCAUCAACUGCGCCACGGGCAUGUCGGCGCUGAUGCGGAAGGGCCCGCUGGACGAGGCGGGCGGCCUGCGCGCCUUCGGCUGCUACCUGGCCGAAGACUUCUUCUUCGCGCAGACGUUCCAGCAGCGUGGCUACCGGCUGGCGAUCGCCUCGUCGCCGGCCUGCCAGAGCGCCGACACGCGCGAGAUCGCCGGCUUCCAAAGGCGCCUCACCAGAUGGGCGAAACUGCGCAUCGCUAUGGUGCCGUUAACGAGCGUGAUGGAGCCGGUGACGGAGUGCCUGCUGCUGGGCGCUCUGGGUGCGCUGGCCGCCCGCUGUCUCCUGCAGGUGGAUAUCAUCGUCUUCUACCUGCUGCACAUCCUCUUCUGGUUCCUUCUGGACUGGCUGAUGCUCAGCAUUGUGCAGAAUGGGUCGUUGUCGUUCAACAAGUUUGAGUUUGUGGUGGCUUGGUUGCUACGAGAGACGUACGCGCCCAUCCUGUUUCUGCGUGCGCUCUGGGACCCAGUAAUUCAGUGGCGUUACGGCGUAUUCAAACUCCGAUGGGGUGGCGUGGUGGAAGAAAUAUCGCCGCCAGUGCCACCUGCCGACGAGACGGUCAAAGUGAAGUUAUAACCCCGGACGGGCGGUGACGCCGGUCCUGCGUAUACUCAGCUGUUGGCGCUGCAGCGCCCCGUGAUACGGACGUGUCUAGUCAGCCCACGGAGGGUGGUCGAGAGACGCAUGCGAGCUCCGCUGCUACCGGCGCGCCGGCCCGCCGCUGCCGC